UCUACAACAAAAUUAGCUCUCUCAGUCAGUACACAACAAGAUUCGCGCUACUUUUUACGAACCCAAAAAAAAAAAAAAAAAAAAAAAAACCAAUCAAUCAAUCAUGAGCCGCAAUCGCAAGCGAGACAAACCCUACUUCUCCCGCCAGGUCCCGGCCUCUCUGUCGAAACGCCGCCGUCCUCAUCCGCCGCGUCACGAUGGCGGAGAAGACGACGGCGGCGACGUAAUCGAAGACAAGCCGAUCCAGAAGCCGGCUCCGCCGCCGGCUCUGGUGGUCACGGGUCUGCCGACGGAGUGUUCGGUUUUGGACUUGAAGUCUCGGUUCGAGAUCUACGGCUCGAUCUCUCGCAUUCGCAUCGUAGAUCGCGAUGGACUCGCGUAUGUAAUGUACCGAGCUAAGGACUCGGCCCAGGCCGCUAUUGCUGCCUCUCUUGACCCGUCGUUUGGGAUAACUAUUGAUUCCAAAAAGUUACAGGUUGUGUGGGCAACUGAUCCUCUUGUCCAAUGGAGAGAAGGAGUUGGGGUUGGUGCAAACAAGGACAACACAUCAUCAUCUUCGUCUAAGCUUUUGCGGGCAGAGGUACCUCUGAGUAGACAUGGAAGAGGUAACAAACUUGCUUCGGCUAUAGUGAACCCUAAAAGUAAUAAUAAUGAAGGGUCUUCGAGUGUUUUAGAUGUGCCGUUUAGGGGCAGAGAAAUUGUUGCUUAUGAUGAUAUCCUGUAAUUGUAGAACUAGUCCUUGGGUUAUUCUAUUUAGUAAGAAAUUGAAUUUGUGUUAGGUUUAUUUAUUAUAGAUAGGAUUUUAAGUUUAUGUAGGACUGAAGUUGCUUGAAGGAAAGGUUGGUUAAAAGAAUGAGUAAAAGCUGUUGGAUGGCAUGUAGCUUGUGGUUUUAAGAUGAGUUGGUGUUGCCAAGAUUUGGCCUUCUUCUUCUUCUUCUUUUUUUAAUUAAUUGGUUAUGUAAUUGGUUCGUUUUUAAAAAAUUGUUGGGAAUUUACUCCUUUGUAAUGUUAAUUCAAUAGUGGCUUGUAUUUAUUA